ACGCAGAGCCGGCGGCGAAGCUCCGCUUUAAUUGAGGCCGUCGGGAUGGGGCGCGCCGCGUAGGGCAGAGCGGGGCCGUUGUGCUCCGGGCCGCAGGCAGCGCGUACCUACGGCCGUGCGGUGCCCGGCACGGCGAGCCGCCGCGGCGGAAGGGAGUGGGGGGAGGGCUGUUGCCGAGCCCCAUGAAAACGCAGGUCUGGGGGAGCUCCCCGCGGGCGCCCAUGGCUGCGGCGAUGCCGUGCAAGAGCGCCGAGUGGCUGCAGGAGGAGCUGGAGUCGGGCGGCGGCCGUUCGCUGUUGCUGCUCGACUGCCGCUCGCACGAGCUGUUCGAGAGCUCGCACAUCGAGACGGCCAUCAAUCUGGCCAUCCCCGGCCUGAUGCUCCGCCGCCUCAAGAAGGGCAACCUGCCCAUCCGCUCGAUUAUCCCCAACCACGAGGACAAGGAGCGCUUCGUCAAGCGCUGCAAGGCCGACACCGUACUGCUCUACGACGAGGCGACCGCUGACUGGCAGGACGCCGGGGCCGCCGGCUCCGUGCUGGGGCUGCUGCUCCAGAAGCUGCGUGACGACGGCUGCAAAGCCUACUACCUGAAAGGUGGCUUUAACAAGUUUCAGACCGAAUAUUCAGAGCACUGCGAGACAAACCUUGACAGCUCCUCACCCAACAACUCCCCCCCGGCAUCUGUCCUCGGCCUGGGAGGGCUGCGGAUAAGCUCUGACUGCUCAGAUGGUGAAUCCGACCGGGAACCCAGCAGUGCAACAGAGUCAGAUGGGAGCCCCAUCCCCAGCAAUCAGCCUGCCUUUCCAGUCCAGAUCCUUCCAUACCUCUAUCUGGGCUGUGCCAAAGAUUCCACCAACUUGGACAUCCUGGGCAAAUAUGGCAUUAAAUACAUCCUGAAUGUGACUCCCAACCUACCAAACAUGUUUGAGCAUGACGGAGAGUUCAAGUACAAGCAGAUCCCCAUCUCAGAUCACUGGAGCCAGAACCUCUCUCAGUUCUUUCCUGAGGCCAUUGCUUUUAUUGAACCUGUUAUUAAACAUCAUGGGUGGCUCACAGGGUCCCUGCUGGCAUGUGGCUUUUUGGAGGCGUCUGUUCCAGUCAGAUGAGGCCCGUUCCAAGAAGUGUGGGAUCCUUGUUCACUGCCUUGCUGGCAUCAGCCGGUCUGUAACAGUCACCGUCGCCUACUUGAUGCAAAAACUCAACUUGUCCCUUAAUGAUGCCUAUGACUUUGUGAAAAGGAAAAAAUCCAACAUCUCCCCAAACUUUAACUUCAUGGGCCAGCUGCUGGACUUUGAGAGGACUCUGGGACUCAACAGCCCAUGUGACAACCGCUCACCCAGUGAACAGCUCUACUUUACUACCCCCACCAACCACAACCUGUUUCAGCUGAACACGCUGGAGUCCACAUGAAGACACCAUCUGGUUGGAAACCUGGGCAUCAAAUUGCUUCUCUUGAGCAUUUCAACUCUUACAAAAAUCUGUCUUGCCAGGCAGCUCUGGAAGGACUAGCUUCUCUGGGCAGAGGUGCCACGUUGCUGCUUUAAGAAGGCUAAUGCCGUUCAUUAGUAUUCCAAUGAAAGUGGUUUAAAUAGGUAGCCUUUUUACAGGGCUUAUCUAACAUGGGCGAUGUUAAAGCAUUUUGAAUGCAGCUGUUACCAGCAAUAACUCCUUUCCUGGGUGCAUUGGGACCGUCAGAGCACGCACAUGUGUGAAGAGCUACCAGGGGUUGGCUUGCUGUGGAAAGUGAGGAGAUUUAUGCACUUGGAAACCUUGAACAAAAAGUGUUGGGCCAAGACUGUUUCAAAACCCAAGUUUACUUUUUAGAUUUAAAGAAAAAAAAAGAAAGUAGAUCUUACUCAAGCUUUGGGUUCAAACUCUUUUUAAAUAUGUAAGCUCCUGACUGUUUGUACAGACAAGGUUGCAAAACCGGUAUUUUAUUCUGUUUCUUGUUUGAUCAUUUAUUAUUUUUUUAAUCAAAUGUUUAUAUUGACCAAAUGCAUUUUGCACACUUUGUGAAGCCUUGGUAUGUCCUGGCAUAUUACUGGGUACUCCAUAGAGAGAUACAUGCUGCUGCUGUUGUUGUUAGCAUCUGGUAGGAAGUUUUGUUAUGUGUGGAAGGCCAAUUGGGCUUAAGCGCAACCCCUUCACCACUCCUGCAUUCGCAAUCACAAACUCUGCACUGAUUCAGCCAAGGUGACUAAGCUGCAAGUUUGUUUUAAUGCUACCCCUGCCAAAACACUGCUGUUGCCCAGAGGGAAAACUCUUUGUAGCCUCCAGAGUUGGUAGAAGCAUGUCUGAGCCCAGCUUCAUUUUCUGCUGCCUGUUGACUGACUUAAAGUCAUCCAGCUGGCCUGAAAUCAUUCCAGCUUCCUGAGAACAGAAAGGAGACGUGAUGUUGGCAUUCCUGGUGCACAGUUGAGUCUUUGCCAUACGUGCACACAUCUGGGGGGUUGAAUGACCUGGCACAAGCCUAGAGCAGAGUGGAGGUUGCACAGCAGAAUGGGACUAAAUUGGCACACAGUGAGUGUGCAAGAGGAGUGGGGGAGAUGUGGAAGUGAUGACAAGAGUGUUGUGACAGAAUUUUUAUAUAUAUAUAUAUAUAUAUACACACACACACACGAAUAUAUAUAUUAACUGGCAAAUUCUGAGAUGACUGGAGCUUUCAACAGAGGUUCUGAUUUUUAUUUUUUUUCUUCCUCUUUCAAAUAACUUUAUGCUGUGCCUUCUAUUCUGAGAAGACUUGUUUAUAUUUUUGGCUAGUGUUUGGCAAACACCUUAUACUGAGCCGGGAGGGGGAGGAAGUGGUAAUCUCUGGGAGGAGAGCAGAAUGGAUUUGGAGAUUUCUUUAUUGGCUGCAAUGUAGUCCUUCCUUUCUCCCCCCCUCCCUGGCCACUUUAACUCUCAUGUAACUGAAAAAAAGCCACGGAUUUUUUUCUAAGUAUCCAAUUUUUUUGUACAUUUUUCAAGAAAAAUAAAAAUUAAAAAAAAAAAAACCCUCCGUCUGGAGGAAUGUUUGAUGCUGUCACAUCCUGAAAAAGUUCUUUUUGUUAAAGAUGUUACCAGAAUGUUGGGAUGAGCUUCUUUUCUUGUUUUCUGGUUGUUGUUUUUGUUUGGUUUUUUUUUUGCUUGUUCAUUAGGUUUUGUUAGUAACAAUGUUGGGAUCAUGGGUCAUUAGGAGAGAGCUUGAGUUGUAAGUAUGGUUGCAAGUGAGGAAACUGAGAAUAUCUGAAUUUCAUCUUACCUCAUUGAGGAAUUUACUUUUUCAGGGAUUUUUUUUUGACAGUGCAUCUGUAUUGCAUUACAGCUAAGCUGGUUUGUGAAGGCUUCCUGUGCUGUUAGUUGUCUUUCUUCUUUAAAAGAAAAAAAAAAAAAGGAUCGUCUCAUUAGUACAAAUGGAGCUUGUUAGUCAGGAAUGGUUCUGCCUUCUGAGUUAUGAAGGAAAACUAGUGACCCUAUAUAUACUGAUCCAAUAUUGGGACUUUGUUUAUAUUACAAAUAAAUAUUAUUUUUUCUUUAAAA